AGAGUAAUUUAAAAUUUUGGAGAAAUGCAAUGAAAUAUAUUUAGGUAUUCAAUAUUUUUUAUGAUUUUAAUAGAAAAAUGAAUGAAAGUGAAGAUAAUACGAAAUACGGUGAAUGCAGGUGUUGUUUCACGUUGGGUAACCACCGCGAUCUGAUGAAGGAGUACGAGUGGAACGGCACCCGAGAAGUUUAUUUCAAAAUAUUUUUGGAGUGUUUUAAUGUGUUUUUGUGCACCAAAACUGGUAAGAGCAACCUGAUAUGCGCAUCCUGUGUGCUGCGGUUGAGAGAUGCCACCAGCUUCAAAAAGAUGGUGAUGGACGCCGAGCGGAGCCUCGCCAACUGUGAUUUGAAGCAAGAAGAUUCUGGAAAUGAUGCAGUGGACCCAUCAGACCUAUCAUCGAUGGUUGUAGUGGAAAUAAAAAGCGAACGACUAGAAUCAACUGAAACUGAACGCAAUGAAGAGGACUCUGACAAUGAUUCUAUGCCUGAGCAGGUAGAAGCAGAAACAGCAAAAGAAUUUAAAGACUCCACUCGCCCAUCGCCGUGGCAAGUAAGAAACAACAACAGGAAGGAGAAACUAGCGUACAUUCACAACACUACCCUCAUUAUAGACAACUCUAACGUCACUCCGUUCAAACCUAAAUACCAGAACGGCUUCCCUUGUUUCUACUGCUCUGUAGCACUCGAAGAUUUAGCAGCUAUGAGGAAACAUCAACAGAAACACACAAAAAUCCAACUAAAGGAAGUACUGAAUUCAAUAGGAGCUGAAGCAUUUAUAGUCUACGUCGAUGUCACAGAUCUGAAAUGUACAAUAUGUAAUCAAGAAAUUCCAAAUUUGGCAGAACUAAAAUCACAUUUGGCUAAAAAACACGAUAAAAAAAUGCAAGAUUGCCCCGACCGCAUUGUCCCUUUUAAAUUAACCCCAAACAUGUUCGAAUGUCAAGUGUGCAAAUGCAAUUAUGAAACUUUUGGGGCAAUAGAGCGACAUAUGAACGUACACUUUAGAAAUUAUGUGUGUAAGGAAUGCGGUACGGGCUUUGUUACUAAAAGUCGAUUCAAAGUACAUUCAAAACAACACGAUGAGGGUAGUUUUCAAUGUGAGACGUGUAAAAAAGUGUACGCUACCCCCCUAAAGUUGAAAAACCAUAUUGAUAUAGUUCACAAAAUGGUCAAAAGGUUCAAAUGUAUGAAGUGUGACGAACGUUUCACUGAAUAUUUAAAACGACAAAAGCAUAUGGAGGAAAUGCAUGGUGCUGCUAAACUAGAAUACAAAUGUAAGGUGUGCGACAAGGUAUUUGAUAGACAAAUCCGUUUGUCUGCGCAUAAAAAGAGGUAUCAUUUAAAACAAAAAGAUUACCAGUGUGAGUUGUGCUCGUACACCUGUUUCACAAACUUUACGUUAAAACUUCAUAUGAUAAAACAUAAUGGGGAGCGCGUACAUGAAUGCUCGGUGUGUAAAAAGACUUAUGCGAGAAAGAGGACAUUGCAUGAACAUAUGCGGAUACAUAAUAACGACAGACGGUACGCCUGCCAGGUGUGUGGGCAGGCUUUCGUACAGAACUGCAGCUUGAAAGGGCAUAUUAAAACACAUCAUCCUGAAUUGCAGGUGCAAUAGUUUUGUAGUUAU